AUGAAUUAUGUGAUAAGCAGAUCUCACUCAUUCGCAUCAGUAAUAGAUAAACCAGUUUUUCACUGUAAUGAUUACCAUUCAUACCCAUACAGCUUAUUUCCAAUUCAAAUUCCUACUGAUGAACGCCAUGCAAAUAGGCCAUCUAUAAUAUCUAGUUGCAAGGACAAUAAACAUGUAUUUGAUAAAUUAUCUAUCAAUUGUUCACUAAAAUCAUGUCCUGGUUAUAUCUGUUGUCAAGAUAAACGGAACACAAUACACAUAAAAGUUGUAUAUAGUGCGAAUAAAGAUUCUGCGAAAAUAACUGAAGAUACGAUUAAUCCAAACGGCGAAUUGCAGUGUGGCCCAUCAAAACAACAUGAAUAUUAUAUUUUAACUCUAAGAAUAAAUCUUAAAACAAAAAAGUUCAAUUUAACGUGUACGACUGGAUUUAAUCUUAUUGAACCAAAUGAUUCUGACAAGUAUCCAUUAAGUAAAACAAGUUUAUUCGGCAUUAUAGUUCUUGCAGCGUGCACUGCUUUUGCAUUGUUUCUUUGCAUUGGUUGGUUUAUUUUUACAUAUUAUCGUCAAUAUAAACGACGGCAGAUUAAAAUUAAACUUCAAAAAGCUCUUGCAAAUUCAGUUCAACAAAUACUCGAUAAAACACCUAUUGUUACGUUUAUAUCAACUAAUAAAACUAAAAAUUCUAAUAGUGAAGAUCCAAUGUGUGCUAUUUGCUUGGAAUCAUUUAUUGAUAAUGAAAAAACUCGAAAACUUAUAUGUUCGCAUUAUUUCCAUACUGGAUGUAUUGAUCCUUGGUUGUUAUCCAAUCAAAAUUGUCCAUUAUGUAAUCGAAAUAUUUUAAAUGAUUAUGUUCCUUCAAUAUCAGAUACUAUUAAAUCGAAUCGUAGAGAAACUCUCAAUCAACAAUCAAGAUCUACAAAUACUGUGAAUAACAGACAAAGUAACCCUAUCAUUGUCAAUGAAGUUUUAAAUUCAUAA